UCACAUGGUAGAGAUUGAGUACUUUAGACUAUUCCAGUUCAAAGCCGUGGCUCAGCUGUGCGGAGUCUCUGCAGACAGCAGCAUCAGACGGCCUCUGCCCCGUUACGCCUCUCUGCACCUCGCCACUUGUGCAACCGCUCCCUAAAAACGGACUGCGCUUCAGUUUCCCACAGCCAGAUUGUGCCCAUUUCCUCUUCCUGCUCUGCUUCAUUCCUGCUGCCGUCAUGUCGCUGCUGACUCACGUGCUGGCCUGCCUUUUCGGCAUGGGUUCCUGGGUGGCCAUCAACGGGAUGUGGGUGGAGCUGCCCCUGGUCGUCCACGGCAUCCCGGAGGGCUGGUACCUUCCCUCCUAUCUCACAGUGCUCAUCCAGAUGGCCAACAUCGGCCCUCUCUUCAUCACCCUCAUGCACCGCUUCCGUCCGGGGGCUCUGGACGAGCGGCCGGUCAUCUACUUUAUCGUGGUCCUGGGGAUUGUGGCGACAUUCCUGCUGGCUUUCUUCUGGAACCACACGGUGUCCGUGGCGGACUCGGCGCACAGCGUGCCGCUGCUGGUUCUGAGCUUCCUGCUGUCCGUGGUGGACUGCACGUCCUCGGUCACCUUCCUGCCUUUCAUGAUGCGCCUGCGCCCCCAGUACCUCACCACCUACUUUGCGGGCGAAGGUCUCAGCGGCCUCGUUCCCGCGCUGGUGGCCUUGAUCCAGGGCGUCGGGCAGGUCCACUGUACGAACAAAACCUCCCCCGCGGAGGCGUGGGCCGGUAACUCCAGCGGAGGCGAGCUGCAGCCCGACUACCAGCCACCCACCUUCUCCGUGCAGGUCUUCUUCAUAUUCCUCAGCGCCAUGAUGGUCGUGUGCCUGGCGGCCUUCGUACUCCUCAACCACCACCCGGCGGUGGCUCGCGAGAGGAAGAGCGACCACUACUUCUGCGAGGACAUGGAGCGCGAGAAAAGGGAGCAGGGUUUGUCCCUUCACGCCCAGACGCCCGAGCAGAAGCCAAUGAUCAGCCCUCUGGACGCUGACCGGAGACGGCCCAGGAGCUCUUUCGGGAUGGGGACGUACAGCAACCUGGAGGUGGUGUUCAUCUUCGUGGUGCUGGCGUGGGUGAACGCUCUGACCAACGCGGUGCUGCCCUCCGUCCAGUCCUACUCCUGCCUGCCUUACGGGAACAAGGCUUACCAUCUGGCCGCCACCAUGGCCGCCGUCGCCAACCCCGUGGCUUGUUUCAUCGCCAUGUUCGUUCCAGUAAGGUCUCUGAUCUUCAUGAGCUUUUUGACCAUGUUUGGAACUGGGUUCGGAGCCUACAUCAUGGCCAUGGCCGCUCUGAGCCCUUGCCCUUUGCUGGUCCACUCUACCUGGGGAACUGCCGUUAUAGUGCUGGCCUGGAUCCUGUUCGUCCUGUCGCUGUCCUAUGUGAAGGUCAUCAUCGGGGUGAUCCUGAGGGACGAGGGGCACAGCGCGCUCGUGUGGUGUGGGGCCGUAGUGCAGCUGGGCUCCAUGCUGGGCGCUUUAUCCAUGUUCCCGUUGGUCAGCGUCUAUAGACUUUUCCAAUCGGGUAAACCCUGCAAAACCAGGUGCUUGGCAUAGACACGGAAGAUAUUUAUGUCGGACACUGCUGUAGAACCGCCAUUAUAGAUUGCACUUAUUUUUAUUAGCACUGGACUCCGUAGCCAUGAGUCUUACAUAUUCCAACAUGAUUUAAACGUGCUGAUAAUUCACUGGAGACCAUUAUCCCACUGCAUCACUCCUUCUUUUCAGAUAAGUUAUUAAUAUUUAUUGCCAUAUGGAGUGAGCACUACAAAAAAAUUCAAUUAAAUCCAACAUGGUCAGGGCCUCAGACCACAAAAGACCAAAAAAACGGAUGGAUUUUACGAACGUUUUACAUGUCCUUAUCAAUUCAGAGGUCAUUUUACUUGAACUUUUGACGUGGCGUGAAAGUCUAAUUGAUGUCGCUUCUUUACGAAAACGAAACUGUUGACUCUGUCUGAGGCGUGCCUUAAGUGUAGAUUAUGAAAGAUUUGUGCUUCUUUUGCUGUACAGAGUUGUUUAACUUGUUGUGUUACUGCAUCAGUAAUUGUUCAACAAUACAAAACAGUAAUGAAACCAUGUUAAUGCACAGCUCAGAAGAAGCACCCUGCGUUGUCAGUAAUCUAGACCUUUAGCCCAGGGAGCCCAGCUUCCGGGGCUAAAUAUGGUUGUAAUGGUUGGUGAGAGAGACACAGGUACACCCCGAUUUUGAAAGAACCGUGGGGCAGAUUCUCGUUACAUGUACAUAAAAAGCAGAGUGCAAAUAAUUCCCAAUGGCAUGAUCUGAUAGUUUAUACACAACAGAUCACAGAUGGCUAUUUUGAAUUUGAUGUGAGUAAGAAAAGUUGAGACAGGUGAUGUCGUAAUUUACCACUGUUACAUUCUCACUUCCCUCCCAAAGGUCUGGGGAUCAGUUGUUGGGCAUUUAGAACAGGAAGUAUUGUUAGAUCCUUGUCUAAUAUAGAAUUGUAGUCGCUCAAUAGUGGCUGGCAGUGUUUCUGGCUCUUCACAUGUGGCUACUUCUUUUCAUGAUUUACAUGGCAGCACUUGUUCCAAUUUGUACGGCAAAGCAAAGCAGGACGGGAGGCUCAAUCUGUGAACGGCAUUUCUGUUUGCCUUCACAGACCUCUUUUAAAUGCCCGCUUGCUGAACUUCAUUAUGAAUAUGCCUGCUUUUUAAACCAGUGGUGCAUGAGGGUUUAAAGGUUGUUCUUCAGUAUUUGAUUCAUAUCAUCUGAUUUGUGGACACAGUUUCAAGCAGACGGAACAGAGCAGAACCAGAUAAUUGUGUCCCCUAAGAGACUUGGCAUCUUCUUCUUUAAAAAAAAAAACUUUUUUAAAACUUGUUCACCAUUAUGUUUCUGUUUAUGCAUUUAGCAGAUGGUUCUAUCCAACACAACUUACAAAGUAGACACAAUUUUACAGUUAUCAUCAAUAUGACACUAAGUUCUCUAAAGGAAAAUCCCUUGUCAGAAUCAGUGGUGACACAAAGAGAGAGAGGGAAGUGCAUUA